UUUGGUCCGGGGAAGCGUCGAGCUUGGCAUGUCCUCGCCCUCGGAUCGUCCGUCAUGUCGACAAUAACUAUUUCUUGAUAGAGACAAGCAAUCCUUGGAUAGUCCCAUAGUCAACAGAAACAUGGUGUCAGCUCAGAUCAUACCUCACAACAAGACAGUGGUCCUGUCAACAUAUCGCGGCCUCUUGCGCGCAACGCGUAUCGCCUUCCAAGGCGACGAAAGCACACUAUACAACUCCCGCCGAUUUGCACGAGAGUCCUUCGACAAGAACCGCGGAGUCAAAGCAGGCAGUAUCGAGGCUGAAAAGGCUGUCGAGCAUGCCCAAGGCGUGGCUCAGAUCCUCCGGGAAAAUGUAGUACAAGGUGCAACUGACAAGGAAGAAUCUGGAGCUUACAAACUCCGCAUUCACGAGCAGACCGAGAAGGGCGACAACGAGUCCGUCAAGCAAUUCAGAGGAACAACAAAGUCUUUUGCCGAAGUCAAGCGCUGCUCUCUGAUUUGAUAUGUAAUAGAAUAUAUGAUACCCCUCCCUCUGUUCAAUCCUACGAAGAUGCUCAAGCCCAAAA